GGGGCUGCUAUCGGCUGGCGGCCCACAAGCUGCUCAAGGAGAUGGUGCUGCUGGAGCGGCUGCGGCACCCCAACGUGCUGCAGCUCUAUGGCUACUGCUACCAGGACAGCGAGGACAUCCCGGACACUCUGACCACCAUCACGGAGCUGGGCGCCCCGGUGGAAAUGAUCCAGCUGCUGCAGACUUCCUGGGAGGAUCGAUUCCGAAUCUGCCUGAGCCUGGGCCGCCUUCUCCACCACCUGGCCCACUCCCCGCUGGGCUCCGUCACUCUGCUGGACUUCCGCCCCCGACAGUUUGUGCUGGUGGAUGGGGAGCUGAAGGUGACAGAUCUGGAUGACGCCCGCGUGGAGGAGACGCCGUGUUCAGGCAGCGCCGACUGCAUACUCGAGUUCCCAGCCAGGAACUUCACCCUGCCCUGCUCAGCCCAGGGCUGGUGCGAGGCCAUGAACGAGAAACGCAACCUCUACAACGCCUACAGGUUUUUCUUCACAUACCUCCUGCCCCACAGUGCCCCACCCUCACUACGGCCUCUGCUGGACAGCAUUGUCAACGCCACAGGAGAGCUCACCUGGGGUGUGGACGAGACCCUGGCCCAGCUGGAGAAGGUGCUGCACCUGUACCGGAGCGGGCAGUAUCUGCAGAACUCCACGGCGGGCAGCAGAGCGGAGUACCAGCGCCUCCCAGACAGUACCGUCCCCCAGGAAGACUACCGCUGCUGGCCAUCCUACCACCACGGAAGCUGCCUCCUGUCAGUGUUCAACCUGGCUGAGGCUGUGGACAUUUGUGAGAGCCAUGCCCAGUGCCGGGCUUUCGUAGUCACCAAUCAGACCACCUGGACAGGCCGGCAACUGGUCUUUUUCAAGACAGGAUGGAGCCACGUGGUCCCUGAUCCCAGCAAGACCACAUACGUGAGGGCCUCUGGCUGACCUGUCUGUGGGCUCAGCUGACCAUCCCUGCCAGCUGGGCUUGCCUGUGACUUGCACUAGCAGCACUGCAUGUCACCUGGGCACCACUGCAGACAAGGCUGACAUCCCAGACAGACCGAGGUGACCAGGACAACGUGCAAUACUGCCAAAUGUUAAAAUGUGAGUUUACCAGUCUAGGUCUAGGACUGCUGGCCUCAGGGCCAGGAAUCAUGGGGGGCUGACUGCCCCUCCCACCCUCUGGGCUGCCAGCAAGGCUCAGGCUGGUCUCCCCACUGGGGGCUCUGCCCCUCACUGGGACGGUUCUAUGGGCAGCCCCAUCACUGUGUUCAUAGUGUGAGAAUGUAGCCAGAGCCCCUGCUGCUGGUGCUGCUGCAUGUGCCAUGGCCCGGCGGGGGCCGCGUGGGGACAAUCGGUCAUGAAGCGCUCUCUCAGCCAAGCUCGCAGUGGGAGAUUGGAGGGAUGCUAUAGGUUGUGGGCGAUUCUGUACGUGGGUGGCCACCUCUGGGCACCCGACAGGGAGCACUCAUGGGCCCGCCCAGGGACCGGGGCAGAGAGCACACAAGGUAUGAGCCAAGUCGUGGGGUCAAGGAGCAGGUAGCAGUUUGAGCCAGGACCUGGAGUGGGGGUGGGGCCUUUCUGCCUCAUUUGCUUUCAGUGAAAGCCGCAAAGCAGCCAAAACCAGCCUCUCCCCCUUCCUGGAGUUUGUAUAUCCAGAAGCUUUUGUACUUCUUACUCAUUAAAAUGUUUAUUUUUGUAAAAAAAAAAAAGUCAAUUAAUAAAACGACAUUUCACAGCAA